CUGGCAAUGAAGCCAAUAUCGGACAGCAACAUUCCUCUUUCCGCGAAAUUUGGUCAUUAUUGCAAAUAUUUAUCGGCGUAGAAAGUGAUAUUUAGCUUUGCUUCAUUUACCAAAAUCAGACGUUGUGGGUGACCGGCGUAACUUAACGCUGAACGAGUAACGCCAGUCUUUAGCGGGCGAGUAACGUUGACGGUAGCUGCCGUUUCGUUAUACCGCCUGAGGGACUGAUGCCUCGCGGAACAGUCCGGCGUUAUCCAGCCUAACGAUGAUUUUGAAGGCGGUUCAUAGUUCAUUGACAGGCUAAUGUUUUUACAUUAGAGAUUUGUAGCUCGUAGCUAGUUUGUAGCUUUCAGCGUUAGUUACAUGUCGCUACCGAGAGCGCACGUUAUCCGAUAAUGGGUUCAUUGACAUGGUUUAUCGCGAGGCGUGGAUUUUCCUCUUCACUAACUGAAGGCUGUAGCUAUGGUUCCAGUUGUCCCUGCCCCUGUGUAGGUACGUGUGUACUGUGAACCAAACGCCAAGAUAACCCAACCUCAAACGUUUGCCUUUACUUCGGCCAUCGAUGCGAGUUGAAUAGAACGUGUUGUAUGAAUAGGAGCCUGUGGACAGAGCUGGACAUACAGCAGCAGAAGUGAAGGAACUGCCCAUCAAUGGCCAACCCCACCCCUCUGCUUGAUGUACUGUGAUAUAGAAGUGAGUGGACCAGAAAUACUGUAGCCAGUUGCCAUGGAAGACACCCUGCCCAAACCUGUCACCCCGGAGCCGAGCCCUGCGCCCAGUCCAGCACCUAGUCCAGCACCCAGUCCAGCCCCCAGCCCACUGCUGGACAGAAUUGCUUUGCCUGCAGCAAACCAUGUGGAGCACCUAAAUGUGAACCAGAUUCAGGUGGUGGUACGACGCUGCUCCAGUCCAAAUGUCACAGAGGAGACAACCUAUUUUAUUCCUCGAAACCCUGUGGUGGAUGCUGGUACCAACACAGACCCGCCAGUGGUCUGCUGCCCCUUGCUCCACAGAUUUUGCCCAUGUCCUCCAAGAGGCCUUCUGGCCUCUCUCAUUACUAAAGUCCUCUUGGCAGCUGUGCUCUUUGGAGUGGUGUGGUCCAUCACGGAAGAUGAAUGUCUUCCAGGGGGCAACCUGUUUGGCAUCACAAUCCUCUUCAUUUGUGCGCUCAUCGGAGGGAAAUUGGUGGCUCUCAUACGUCUGCCCAGACUUCCACCGUUCCCACCCCUCCUUGGUAUGCUGCUGAUGGGUUUCCUGCUGAGAAACAUCCCAGUUAUAACAGAUGGGGUGUACAUUGACUUCAGGUGGUCUGCCUCGCUGAGGAACAUCGCUCUGGCUGUCAUUCUGACCAGAGCGGGUCUGGGGUUGGAUCCCACGGCUCUGAGGAAAUUAAAAUCAGUGUGUGUACGUGUGGCAGCCGGACCCUGCAUCAUAGAGGCUUGCACCAUAGCUCUGAUAUCUCACUUCCUCAUGGGCUUGCCCUGGGUGUGGGGCUUCAUCCUUGGCUUUGUGCUGGGCGCCGUGUCUCCAGCAGUGGUGGUUCCCUCCAUGCUGCUGCUGCAGAAGGACGGUUACGGCGUGGAGCAGGGCAUCCCCACCUUGCUGAUGGCUGCAGGCAGCUUUGAUGACAUCCUUGCCAUCACAGGGUUCACCACAUGCUUGGGCAUGGCCUUCGCCACAGGCUCCACUUGGUACAACCUCCUGAGGGGUGUACUGGAGGUGGCUGGUGGGAUGGUUGCUGGGAUUCUUCUUGGCUUCAUCAUCCAGUACUUUCCGAGUGUGGACCAGAAACACAUAGUAAUGAAGCGAUCGUUCUUGGUGCUGGGCCUGUCCGUCUUUGCCGUGUUCGGCAGCAGUGUGGCAGGGUUUCCUGGCUCUGGAGGCCUCUGUACCCUGGUGUUAGCAUUCCUGGCCGGCCUCGGCUGGGGGACAGAAAAGGCACGUGUGGAGGAAGUGGUAGGAUGGGCGUGGGAUGUAUUUCAGCCUCUACUCUUCGGACUAAUAGGUGCAGAGAUUCGAGUCUCUGAGUUGGAGGGAAACACAGUUGGUCUGGGUAUAGCCUCUCUGCUCAUUGCCCUGCUGGUUCGAGUCCUGUUCACCUUUGUGUGUGUGUUGUGUGCUGGCUUUAACAUGAGGGAAAAAGUGUUCAUAGCCCUAGCAUGGAUGCCCAAAGCUACAGUGCAGGCAGCUAUAGGCUCCACAGCUUUAGACAUGGCCAGGACGAGGGACGACAAGCAGCUGCAGAAGUACGGCAUGGAUGUGCUGACUGUGGCCGUGCUGGCCAUCCUUCUCACGGCUCCCGUAGGGGCCCUUAUCAUAGGGCUCGCUGGACCUCACCUGCUCCAAAAACCAAAGAACUCAGCCUGCGGUGAGCGAGUCAAACCCACUUUGUCAGCUUUUUUCUUAGGCACAGCAGCAGGAGGUGAAGAUGACAAUGAAACUCCUGUCACCUAUGAGAGUACACUCUGACAUCACCUGACUUCAUCCAGUGAGUGUGACAUUUUAAGAGACUUCGGGUGUGCUUUCACGCCUCGGACGUUUGAGCUUUCCUUUAGCCACCGAGUGGCUCUUUGUCUCUCUAUCUGACGGUCAGCUCCUGAUGUUUGCCAUACUGCAGGAACACGUGAAUCACUUUGUAUUUAUAGCCUCUAGGGGUUUCCAGGCCGCACGCUCCGAGCGAAUGACCCCCACCCUGCCGUCUGCACUGCGCACUGCUGUGUGAACAUGGGGUGGGUUUGUUUCCGAUUCUAAAUGAACAUUUAAUCAGCUCUAUUAGUGUGAGGCAUGAAUAUGGUUUACAUUUUUGUAAAGUGGAUGUUGUCCCAUUAUUGUCAUGUUCACUGAAUCCACUACUUCCAUCCAAUCCACUCGUUUUUAUGACUAUUUGCUGUAUCUGGACUCGAAAAUUAAUGCUGUAUUUUAUUAUAAGCAGUUUCCUUCCGAGGGCUACAUAAUUGAAUGUACUGGCAGUAUAUUUUAUUUGACCUUUCACAACGCUGUUGACACACACUUCAGUCUUAGGUGUUCGGCACUCAGUACAAUAUUUUUAUUGCUUUGUGUUUGUGUAUUUGUGCGUGUUUUAAUAAAAUAUGUAUUAGCUGUAUGUCUUGGUGAUGACAAGGGUUUGCAUAGUUUACAAAGACUCAGGAGCUCUAAAUAAUCUAUAAUGCUUUACUUUGGUUUAUACACAGUGCUGCUAAAACUCUAUCAACUACUACACUCACUACGUCUGCUUCCAAUAUCGAGAAUGCUCAGCAAUGAUCAUGUCCGUGUGUUUAAGACCCACCUUUUAUAGUUUUAUUAUGAAGUAGAUUUUUCACGUUUGUUACAUGUUUUUUUUUAUUAUUACAGAGGUCUGCAGUGUAACUUGAAAUGUUUUUGAUUUGUUUGAAUUUUACAUUGAAAAGAUUCUUGUGUAUUUUUUAGCAAUUAUUUAUGAUAGAUUUACAUGAUUGAGCGUUAGUUUUUUACCAAAUAUUCUUUGAACAAUAAAUGAUAAAACAUACCAGGAACUGUCAGUCUCUUUGGUGAAGUUAUGCAGUGAUGGUUUGAAUUAUUACUAUGCAACAUAUUUAUACAACUUGACUUUUUAAUGUCCUUAAUUCAUGUCUCUAUCUCAUUUAGUUUUUGGAUCCUGAACCAUUUGCUUCUCAGCCAUGUUAGCACUGGGGCUUUAAGGAUGUCAGUGGUAGUCCGUACAUGAAACGUAGAUGAAAUCUAAUGACUUCAGUGAUCCUCUGAAUUUUCCUCUAGUGCCACAAUGAACUGCACUUCAUUUGUGGUUAAGGCUGAAAUGUCUAAACAGCCAUGUCCACCUCAGGAUGAACUGUAAUAACUUCAGGGAUCCUCUGACUUUUCCUCUAGCACCAUGAUAAGGUCAAACAUUUUAUUUGUUGUUUAUAACCAAAUACCUGAAAAACAAUUGGCGUUCCUGUCAGUCUCAGCUGUGCUCUGUGUGACACUAAUUAGCAAAUGUCAGCAUGCUAACACGCUGAAUUAAGGCGGUGACUAUAUUAAACAUUGUACGUAGGCUGUGAAACAUCAGCUUGUUAGCAUUGUCAUUGUUAGCGCUUCGUUCAAAACAGCAGCUUACUAUUUUCAAUUAAAAUACAUGAGCAAG